UAAUAGACUACGACAUAGACCGACUGAUCGGCGAUUAUUUUUUUCAUUCAAUCAGCUUUUACUUUCAUUGGUAGCACCACGUUUGAUGCGUUAUCAAUUUGAUAUGAUGAUCAGUUCAGUGUUAUCAGAAUUAUUUCGUAAAAUAUUCGUGCCAGCAUUUACAGGUUCAGUGAAAAAUGUUGGCGGUGCUGAAGGUUCUAUUUUUUCAUCGCUUCAUAAUUUACUUCGAAAUAAUCGUAUUCAACAACAGCAACAACCGGCGAAUUUAUUGCCCACGCCAACAUCAACACAGACGAAUGUAGAUCUACAAAAGCUAUUAGACAAUGCACAGAAAUUGAUCACGCUACAGGCAAUGAUACGAAAUGGUGGCCAAUCGAACAGUAUUGAUGAAUCGAAAAAAUCCAUCAAUGAUGACAGCCAUACAGAGCUUAACACAUCGUCAAUUAAAAAAAAGAAAAAAACUGGUCCAUCAACAUCAACAAAUAAACAAAGCUUUAGAUCCGAUAUUAUUAAUAACAAGAACAGUCAUCACCAGCAGUCAAACAACAAAAAUGAUGUAAACCAAUCUAAUUCCAACAACAAUCCGAUAUCGAUGAUUAGCAACCUGUCCAAUAGCCAUUCAGCCAAUGAUUUCAUCGAUUUCAUUAGAAAUAACUUGAAACUUAAUCAAUUGACCAACAGCCAAAACAUCAACAACAACAACAAUAGUAACGAUGACGACCAUCAAAACAUUUCAGGGAUCGGACCAUCAACAUCAGAUGGUAAAUCAGGCAAAAAUAAUAUUUUUAAAGAUUUUAACAUCAAUCAAAUGAUGGUCAAAUCACCAUCAUUAUCAUCAGAUAUCGGUCAUCAUCAAUCAUUAGAUGUUGGCAAUGGUGGUGAUAGUAGCUUGCCAAAUUUUUCUUCUAAUAUAAUUAACAAGUUGAAAAAUUUCCAAUCACCAUCAUCAAGUGCCGUAACAACAAAUGAUUCCAAGAUGAAAUUUAAAAUUUUUAAGAAAAAAGCUAAAAUUGAAGAUUUCAAAAUGUCUCAUCUGACAUUUAUUGAUACAGAGGUGCCAAACUAUGGUAAUCAAUUGUUGAUAAAAGAUCCAGAUAAAGAUGGUGAAGAAGAUUUAGUUGAUAGUUCUUAUCCACUUUCAGCAACAAUCACAAUGCUGAAUCAUUUAAAAUCAAAGCCAUUAACAUCAUCAAAUGACCACGACCUCGAAAGGGCAAACCGUUGGAAUAAUGUACUAUCCAGUAUAUGAA